UGCCUUUUGAAGGUAGAAAUGAAAGAAUUCAGUUGGCAAGAACAAACAUUGUAUCAUAAACAUUACCUGCAUAUUAGACGGCCUAUUCUACUUGAAAUUUUCGUUAAAAUUGUGCGGUAGAAAGUAUUCUGAACGUUCUAAUGGCCAGCAUCUAUUUGCCUCCCAUUGCUCGCAAGAAGAAAGUCGAAGGUUGGCCAAGACAAGACACCACCAGAGUAUUUUCAGACUUUAAAGAGGAUAAAAAGCAAGAAGCAACAAGUUAUGGAUCUCAGUUUGUACGUCAUAAUAUUCCUCCAACACCCCAAAGRGCUCUUUCACCAAAUCGUAAAAACAAACCACAACCUACUUCUGUAACCUUCUUGAGACAAAACCCUAGGUUUGUUUGUGAGCCAAUUUGCCAUGUUGAUACGCCAGGAUCUAAAGCAGAGACAUUUCAUUCCUGGUGGCCUAAUGAAAUUCUUGAAAGUCCUGUCGUAAAACCACAGUAUACUCUCCAUUCUACCUCAAGAGCCGAUUAUAAAACCUCAAGUCAUGAGAAUUCACAGGUUUCAUCAUAUUCAAGAUAUGAUACUUCAGUGUGCAAGGUUUUUAAGCCUAAUUACAAUUUUAGAGAUUUCCCAGGAUGCACCUCAUCACAAAUCAUUCCUAACAUGUCAGAGAAAAUUUCUUAUGAACAUCAGUUUAAUUCUAGAUUAGAUCCCAGUCAUCCAAUUCGAGGAAGAAGACAUGGCUGCUUUGUUUUGAAAGCCACAACACCAGUACACAAAACACAUCACAAUAAAUACCCAAAGCCAAGGAAAUAUGAAUUUGAGUAUAUGAAGAAUACAGAGACAGAAGAUAACUGUGACACUAAAUCAGUAAUAUCAACAGUCACUGAGAAGUCUCAAGUUCAGGAACAUUCUAAAUAUGAUAACAACAAAAAAUCAAAAAUGUUUGAACACAAAAUUAAAGACAAUGCAUGGAGUGAGUACAAUGAUCAACCAUUACAAGCAACACAAGAGGAUAUUCCCACCUCCUUGAACUUGACUGAAAGUGAAGUAGAAAACAUGAUCAAACCUUCUCGGCCAAGACAUUCUCCACCACCUCAUGUUACAUGAUUGUAAUUAUGUAGUAUAGUGUUGUCUCAA